GAGACGGCAUGCUGCGUCCACUGUAGCUCCGGAGAAGAGACGGCCACUACACCAGCGUUCGGAGGCGUGUGUCCAGGCGGGCGUGAGGCGGUGCGCUCCAGGGGCCAUGCGUCAGGGGUGAGAGGGAUCGGCUUCGGGGGACAAACUCAUCGGGCGAGGAGGCGGUCGGGGCCGGUCGGCGUGGAGAUGAAGCUCAAACAGCGCGUGGUGGUGCUGUGUGCCGUUCUGCUCCUGCUGGGCCUGGCCAAGAUCUUCCUGCUGGAUGGAGGUGAAGGAUCAGCGGCCGGCCGGCGGGACCUCAGGGCGUUUCGAAAGAUGGAAGCCGGUCUUUCUCUGCCUCGCGGAGCUCGCCUCACCCACACCCUCCAGUCUCCGUGGGAGAUAGCAAGCCAGUGGGUGGGCCCCAGAGAGGUGUACCCCGAGGAGACCCCGGAGCUGGCAGCUGUACUGACCUCCUUAAGCACCUCCAGGAUAGAGCGUGCCGAUGUGGGCUACAAGGGCACGCAGCUCAAAGCUUUGCUGGUGCUGGACGGAGGGCAGAAAGUGGUCUUCAAACCUAAGAGAUACAACCGGGACUACGUGGUGGAAGGAGAGCCAUAUGCCGGUUAUGACCGGCACAAUGCAGAGGUGGCUGCUUUCCACCUGGACAGGAUCCUCGGCUUCAGGAGAGCACCUCUAGUGGUGGGCCGAUACGUCAACCUGCGAACAGAGAUCAAACCCGUGGCCACAGACCAGCUGCUCAGCACUUUCCUCAUGCAGGGUAAUAAUACGUGUUUCUUUGGGAAGUGCUACUACUGUCGGGAGACGGAGCCCGCGUGUGCCGAGGGGGAAAUAAUGGAGGGCUCUUUGACGCUCUGGCUGCCAGACGUUUGGCCGCUGCAGAAACACAGACACCCGUGGGGACGCACGUACAGAGAAGGGAAACUGGCCAGGUGGGAGUACGACGAAAGCUACUGCGAGGCAGUGAAGAAAAUGCCGCCAUAUGAUGCCGGGCCCAGGCUGCUGGACGUGAUCGAUACCGCCGUUUUCGACUAUCUCAUUGGAAACGCCGAUCGGCACCACUACGAAAGCUUCCAGGACGAUGGAGGCGCCAGCAUGCUCAUCCUACUGGACAACGCAAAGAGCUUUGGGAAUGCUGCUCUAGAUGAGCGAAGCAUCCUGGCCCCUCUCUACCAGUGCUGCAUGAUCCGCGUCUCCACAUGGAACAGGUUGAACUUCCUGAAAGGCGGAGCGCUCAGUUCAGCCAUGAGGCAGGCUCUGGCUUUUGACCCCAUUCACCCGGUCCUGGCCGAGUCGCACCUGGCAGCUCUGGACCGACGUCUGUCCGGAGUCACAGCCACUGUGAAGCAGUGCAUGGAGGCACAGGGGCCCGACAACACUCUAAUAGAGGACCGGAUGAAUCUCCCACAUCCUUAAAAGCAAAUGCAGAGAGAAAGUGACAGCAACCCCCCCUACCCCCCACCCCCUGUAGGCUGGAUAAGGGGAUAUCCAAACACAUGGGCCCUGCUGCAAAAGAAAGAGAGAUGCUGCGUGAGUAACCGAGGUUUAGGGGCGGGCUGAGAGAAAGCAUCUCUGUAAUGCUCUUUCAUUGUUGCUCUGGUAAACAGCAGUAGCUCUUGAAUGGGAUUCACAAGAACCUUGAUAUGUGACACCUUUAUAAACUUCCUCUCAGGACUGUUUGCACUCAAGGACGAGCUUCUGAGUUCGAACCGACUGUCCAGCACUACUGGUUUCGACUGUACUCCCUCGCCGUGAGAAAUCCUCCCUUCGCCUCAUGCUUUUCUGGCAAGUCAGUUGGGGAGGAAGGAGUUCGUAGAGAAGAACACUUUCAAGAAAAGGGGGGAGGCGGGGUUUUAAACGCCUCUGCAAAAACACUGCAGCCAUGUUUCCAUUUGGAUCUCAUCGACCAAGAAACUGAAGAAUUACUACCUUUUGAAUCAUUAAGAAAUUCAGAUCUCUUUCAAAACUGAAAACAUGUCCAUGAUAUGAGAUCGGAAGAACUCAGCUUUGCCCAUCCGUGUACAUAUUUAAGUAAAUCGUGAUGUAGAGUUCCAAGAUGACAGAAUAUAAAUGUGGGCAAUAUAAUAUUAAAUGAAUUUAACGGCGUGUGUGUGAGAGUGUGUGUGUGUGUGCG